AUGAAUUAGAAUUUUACAAAGCCAAAAGUAUUAAUAGAUGAAUAAAUCCAUUUAGCAAGGAUUUUAAAUUAAUUAGAUCUUCAAAAUGAAGUUAUCGAUGCCUGGGAAUAAGGGAUUUAAAAUAAUAAAAAUGAUUUUACCUUUUAUCACUAGAAAGUUUGUGCUUUAAAAAGUCAAAAGAGAUACGAUGAGAUAAUUAAAUGCUAUGAUUAAGGAAUAAUGUUUAAUAAGACUGAUCCUAUAUUUUACGCCUAUAAAUGUACAAAAUAUCCUGGUAUUUUGAUAGUUGUGGAGUUAGAAAAAUAGAAUAGGUUAGAGGAGGCUAUUUAAGUUUGGGAGUUUGGAAUUUAAAAUAAUAAAACAGAUCCAUAUUUUUAUAAGCAAAAAGUUUAGGCUUUAAUCCAAUGUUAUGGAGAAACAUUUUGUUAAGAAAAGAUAGUAGAAUGUUGGGAUUUUGCAAUAUAAAAUGGAAAUGAUACUCUAUUUUAUAUUAAAUCUAAAGUUAGUGCUUUAGAAAAAUUAGAGCGAUGGGAUGAAGUAAUUAAAUGUUUGAAUCAUGGAAUUCAUAUGCAUAGGCAGGUUCAAAUCUUUUAUGAAGAUAAAGGUAAAUUAAAUAGAUUGGAAGAAAUCAUUGAAUGUUGGGACGAAGGAAUGAAAAAUAAUCCAAAUACUUCAUUUUUUUAUAAAAAGAAAUUUUAAGCUUUAGAAGAAUAAGAAAAGAUAGAAUAAAUUAUCGAAGAGGCCAAUCAUUAUAUUGAUUUAUUCGAUGAUAUGAUUUUUUACGAAGCCAAAAGUAAUUAAAAUAAUAGUUUUAAAGCACGAUGUUUAUUCAAAUAGGGAAAAUUUGAAGAGAUUAUUUAAUGUUGGGAUAAAGGAAUUAAAAAAAACAACACUAUAAGUGAAUUCUAUAUCAAAAAAAUUGAAGCUCUAGAAAUUUAAGGAAGAUGGGUUGAUUCCAUAUAAUGCUGUGAUGAAUGGAUUUCUAAAACUAUUUGGAACACGGAAGCAAUAAUUAAACUCAAAGGUUCUUUUAAUUUAUAAUUCUCAAGUGCAUUCUUUAUAAAUAACUAAACAAUUUUCGAAAAGCUUUUUAGUUUUCACGAUUAAUUAAUGCAAAUUAGCCACAAAUCUUCCAACAAUGAUUGA